AUGAAAAUCCUGGACCGAAAAGUUCUGAGUAUUCAGGAGAAUGAAUCCGCCAUCACCACUUCCCUUCUGCACACACCACGUGACUCGCCUGGUUCCACACAGCACUCCCACCCGGGUAGAAGAGAAGGCGGAGUCCAAGCCACACUUAUCCUGGCUGAGGAGCAGUGCGUCCUGCCUGCAGCAUCAGUGGCCAGCAGUGCCAGUGGCCGGACAGUUCAGGUGUUAGAAACACAAGGACUGACGCCUCCCCCUGCAGUCGGGAAACUGGCAGAGGGGCCAGCCCCAGGCCCCGCAAACAUAUGGGGCUCUGAAGGGGGAGCCCCAGGGGCAAACCCCGGGAAGCAAUCCAUUUGUGACCUCUUCCGAGCCACCCCAGGGAGCGCCGGACUGGACCUCAGUUCCGCCGCCUACACAGUACUGACCCCUGCAAUGGGGAUGCAGGCUUUGCCUACUGGGGUCUAUGGCCCCCUGCCUGCCGGAACCGUGGGGCUUCUCUUAGGACGCAGUAGUAGUACCCUGAAAGGAUUGUUAGUGGCCCCUGGAGUCAUAGAUCAGGAUUAUACCGGAGAGGUGAAGGUUAUGGCUCAUGCUCCUCACAAUGUGGUGACAGUAGAUAAAAGUCAGAGAAUUGCCCAGCUUAUUUUGUUGCCGCUGGUAGAACAGGGAAAAGUCAGGACGAAUAAGGCUCGCGGGUCCCAGGGUUUCGGAUCUUCUGAUGCUUAUUGGGUGCAGCCCAUUAGGAGAAACCGGCCGGAGAUGGCACUUUGGAUUAAUGGGAAGGUGUUUAAAGGCAUUCUAGAUACUGGGGCUGAUGUCUCAGUUAUUUCCCUCAAGCAUUGGCCUGCUAGUUGGCCUAUUCAACCAGCAAUGACCGACCUGCAAGGUAUCGGUCAAAGUCGGACUCCGAAAAUUAGCUCGGCGGUCUUAAGCUGGCGAGAUGAUGAGGGACAUCAAGGAGAGUUUCAGCCCUAUGUCUUAUCAGAUUUACCUGUGAAUCUGUGGGGGAGGGAUGUCAUGGAGCACAUGGGGGUGUAUCUCCACAGCUCGAGUCCAGCGGUUACACAACAACUACUUAACCAAGGGCUGCUACCAGAUCAAGGAUUAGGAAGAGAAGGGCAGGGCAUUACUGAACCCUUACAACCCCUGCCCCGGCCAGGGCGCGCUGGCCUGGUAUUUUUAGGAGGGGCCUUUGACUCUCCUGCUACCCAUGCCGAUAAAAUUACCUGGAAGUCAGAUCUUCCUGUAUGGGUAGAUCAAUGGCCCCUGACUACUGAAAAAAUAAAGGCUGCCCAGGAGCUGGUGCAGGAGCAGCUCCAACAGGGCCACAUUGAGCCGUCUAAUUCUCCCUGGAAUUCACCUAUAUUUGUGAUCAAGAAGAAGUCAGGGAAAUGGAGAUUACUCCAGGAUCUUAGGAAGGUGAAUGAGACCAUGGAGCUCAUGGGGGCCCUCCAGCCAGGCUUGCCUUCACCUGCGGCCAUACCCCGUGAUACAUAUAAGAUUAUUAUUGACCUGAAAGACUGUUUUUAUACUAUUCCCCUUGAUCCCCGGGACUGUCCACGGUUUGCCUUUAGCGUACCAUCAGUAAAUUUUCAGGAGCCUAUGCAGCGAUAUCACUGGAAAGUGCUGCCUCAGGGAAUGGCCAAUAGCCCGACCCUGUGUCAAAAAUUUGUGGCAACGGCCCUAGCUCGGGUAAGGCGUGAGUACCCAGCAGUGUACGUCUGUCACUACAUGGAUGACAUCCUCAUUGCCGCUCACCAUGAGGGACUGCUCCUCCGGGCAUUUGCGAAAAUGGAAUCUGACUUGCAAAAACAAGGCCUGGUCGUAGCCCCAGAAAAGGUCCAGAGGCAGCCCCCGUUUUCUUAUCUUGGUUUUCAUCUGGAGCCUGACCGAUUUUUCUGUCAGAAAGUUCACCUUCGGCUAGACAAGCUCCAGACCUUGAAUGAUUUUCAAAAGUUGCUGGGGGAUAUCAACUGGAUUAGACCUUAUCUGGGGUUAACUACAGGGGAGCUCAAACCAUUGUUUGACAUUCUCAAGGGGGAUGCAGAUCCUGCAUCCGCUAGACAGCUGACCCCGGAGGGACGUGUAGCCCUUGGGAGGGUGGAGCAAGCUAUCCGCAGGCAGCAGGCAACAUUUUGUGACUAUAGUAGACCUUGGCAGGCCUGCAUUUUGGCCACGGGCCAUUCCCCUACUGCUGUUUUAUGGCAAGACCGGCCACUACGGUGGGUGCACCUCCCUGCUUCCCCUGCCCGGGUCCUUGCCCCUUAUUAUGAACUUGUUGCUGUCCUUAUUCAACAGGCUCGGGAAGAGUCCCGCCGCUACUUUGGCAGGGACCCUGCAGGCAUUCUGGUGCCAUAUACACGAGAACAGGUCACCUGGUUAUUCCAAACUUGUGAUCCCUGGGGAAUAGCCUUGGCUGGCUUUCCUGGAAAAAUUGAUAAUCAUUAUCCCCAAGACAAGCUUCUGCAAUUCUUUCUGAAACAUUCGGUUAUCUUUCCAAGGAUGGUAUCUGCUACUCCACUGCCCGGGGCCGCUACUGUGUUCACUGACGGGUCGUCCUCUGGCAUUGCAGCCUAUGUGCGUGGGCACCAGGUUACACGGUGGGAGACCCCAUAUUCCUCUGCCCAGGAGGUAGAGUUAGCAGCAGUACACCGGGUACUUUUAGAUGUGGCCAAUGAACCUCUAAAUAUUUUCUCUGAUAGUCAGUAUGUAGUCAGAAGCCUCUCUGUUAUUGAGACUGUCCCGUUCAUUGGCACUACUAAUUCCACUGUGCAACAACUGUUUAUAGCCAUCCAAGCUGCCAUCCUGAAUCGUACCCAACAAUGCUACUUUGGGCAUCUUAGGGCCCAUAGCAACUUACCUGGGCCCUUAUCCCAUGGAAACUGCCAAGCUGAUUUGGCCACUAAAGUGUAUUUAGUUGGGGUGCCUGCAGCUCGGGCGGCUCAUGCUCUCCACCAUCAAAAUGCCCAGUCUCUUCGGCUGCAGUUUAACAUUCCCCGAGAGGCCGCCAGACAGAUAGUAAAGGAAUGUCACACAUGUCCUACUUUAACCAGCGUGCCUAGCUAUGGAGUCAAUCCUCGAGGUCUCCUGCCCAAUCAUCUGUGGCAGAUGGAUGUAACACAUGUGCCUAGUUUUGGUAAGCAACGGUAUGUUCAUGUUACUAUUGACACCUACUCAGGUUUCCUUGUUGCCUCUGCCCUCACAGGGGAAUCCAGUUCCCACGUCAUUGCCCAUUGCUUGCGCAGCAUGUCUGUCCUAGGACAGCCCCGGGUUAUUAAAACAGAUAAUGGACCGGGCUACACAGGCAAAAAGUUUCAAGCCUUUUGUAUGCAAUUGGGCAUUCAGAGUAAGACAGGCAUUCCUUAUAACCCUCAAGGACAGGGUAUUGUUGAACGAGCCCAUGGCACGCUAAAAAAUCAAUUGCAAAAAAUUAAAAAGGGGGAGCUGUACCCCUUAAUCCCGCAAAAUCAACUUAACCAUGCUUUAUUUAUUCUUAAUUUCUUAAUUUUGGACGAGAAAGGUCGUUCUGCUGCGCAAAGGUUUUGGCAGCAGGCUGUUCCCCAAGAUAAAGCCAUGGUCAGGUGGAAGGACCCCCUUGAGGGUACGUGGCACGGGCCAGAUCCGGUACUAAUCUGGGGAAGAGGGCAUGUUUGUGUUUUCCCGCAGGAUGCCGAGACGCCGAGGUGGCUCCCGGAGAGGCUGGUACGACACGCGGCCCAAGACGCUAGAGGAACGGAUGCAGGAGCUAACAAUGAACCCUGAGCGUCAGUCGCGAAGAGCCCGGCGAAGAGCCUGGCGGGCACAACAACGCGCAGAGCAACUCAUCAGAGGGCAAGGCAUGACUGUCA